AUGGCUGCGACACGCACUCACGACGGCAAGCUGGGCAUCGUCACAGGUGGCUCCCGAGGCAUCGGCGCGGCCACUGUGCGGCGUCUCGCAGCCAGAGGAUGUAAUCUGCUGCUUGUCUACACGUCCGACUCCUCUACGGCUCCAACAAAGACUCUCUGCGAAGAGCUGACCUCCGCGCAUGGCAUUCGCUGUGCCUCGACGCAGGCCGACCUCUCAAAAGCCGCCGAGGCGUCUGUCAAGAUUGUACAGGCCGCCAAGGACUUCUACGCUUCCUACCACGACGGCGGGGAGCUCCAAGUUGACAUCCUCAUCAACAACGCGGGCGUGGCGUCGAACCAGUGCCUGAACGACGAGGAGAAGGGUCCCAUCGACGAGACCGAGUUCGACCGGGUCUACCGUGUCAACGUCCUGGCGCCGCUGCUGCUGAUGCAGGCUGUCGCCCCGUAUCUACCGCUAGACCGCUCGGGGCGGGUCGUCAACGUGUCGAGCGUGUCAUCGUCCAUUGGCUACCAAGGACAGUCUGUCUACGCGGGGACGAAGGCCGCUCUCGAGGCCAUGACACGCUGCUGGAGCCGCGAGCUCGCUUCGCGGGCGACCGUGAAUGCCGUCAACCCAGGCCCAGCUUGGGGGGACAUGUACGCCGAAGCUGGCAGGAAGUUUUGGGAUAUCAACCAGCCCUAUGUGGAUGCCGCCCCGCUGGCGGCGUAUGACGGCGAAGAGAAUAUCAAAGCGCUCUCCGGGGAUGGUGAGCGCUUUGACAGGCUGGUAAGGGAGGAGAUGGGAGGUCGUCGGCCUGGAUUCACGGCCGAGAUCGCGGGGACAAUCGAGAUGCUGUGCUCGGACGAGGCGGGGUGGACUACGGGAAGUGUUGUGUGUGCGAAUGGAGGCAUGAAGAUGUCUAUUGCAUAG